CAGACACGCACACACACACACACACACACACACACACACACACACACACACACAGAAUAGGAGGGGAUUCCGAUCCGUCACUGAAAUGACAUCACAGCCUGCCAGCAAUAAAAACAAGGAGUCCCCACUUCCCCUCCUUCCCUCGUCCCACAGAAUGAACAGAGAGAGAGAGAGAGAGAGAGAGAGGAGGAAAGAGUAGUGCUCCAGAGAGUGACGCUCAUUAGUUUACAGAGAGGGAGAGAGAGUCCCUUCUAAGGGGUCCACAUGCACACCGACACACGCACAAACAGGCUUUAGCUGUGUCUCCAUAGUGACCGGCUUGCUGCCCCAGCUUGGGGAGGAAAUGCCAAACUCGGUGCUUCAGAGCCCCCUCCACUAGAAACACACACAGCUCUAUUCUAAUCCUCCGUCCGGACACGACGGAAAAAACCUCUCCUCAUCUUAUCACCUCUCUCUGUCCUGCACAUAUUUUCCUCUCUCUUCCACUUGCCUGCACUCCCCGCCUCUCCUUCCCUCCCCGCUGUUGUCUUCCCUCUCUCUCUCUCUCUCUCUCUCUCUCUCUCCCUCUCCCUCCCUCUCUCUCUCUCUCUCUGUGUGCUCCCUCUCUUUCCCUCCCCUGUCAGUGGCAAGUUCAUUGAAGUAGACGACAGAGACAUGAAAGAGAAGAACCCCUGGCACACGCCUGUCACCAUCAUCAUCACUGUGAUUGGUGUCAUAGCGAUCGUUGCCCUGGUGACAGUGGCGGUCUUGCAGAACAAGCCUCUCCUCCAAAAGUACAAGUAUGGAAUCGUGCUGGACGCCGGAUCUUCCCACACAGCUCUCUAUUUAUACGAGUGGCCGGCAGAGAAGGACAACAACACAGGCAGAGUUGAACAAAUACAUUCCUGCAAAGUCAAAGGUAAAGGCAUUUCCAGCUACGCGUCUGAACCGUGGAAGGCGGGAGAGUCUCUGACGCUGUGCAUGCAGGAGGCCGAGCGGUGGGUCCCCAGCAAACGGCACCGGGAGACUCCGCUCUAUCUGGGAGCGACCGCGGGAAUGAGACUGCUGAACAUGGAGAACAGCUCGGCGUCAGACAAGGUGUUCCAGGCGGUGGAGGGAGCCCUGCAGAGGUUCCCCUUCUCGUACGAAGGCGCGAGGAUCCUCAGCGGACAGGAGGAGGGAGCCUUCGGCUGGGUCACAGUCAACUACCUGGACGAUCGCCUCAAACAGGGCUUGGAAACCACAGGCGCUCUUGACCUUGGCGGGGCUUCAACCCAGAUUAGCUUUGUGUCGGAUAGUUAUGACGGAUCAGAGUCUCCCAGCAACUCAGUCACUUUCCGGCUCUAUGGAAACGAUUACAACCUUUACACUCACAGCUUCCUGUGUUACGGGAAGGACCAGGUCCUGCGGAUGGUGCUGGCACAACAGACUCAGUCAGGUCCAACAUCAAUAUUAGAUCCCUGUUUCCAUCCAGGCUACAAUGUGACAAAGUUCUACUCUGAACUCUACGACAGCCCCUGUGUGUCAGACAGGAAGCCCCCGGGAGCCCCUGAAGCCUUUGCCCACAGGGGGGACGGCAACUUCCAACAAUGCCAGGAAGUGGUCAGAACUGUCUUCAACUUCUCUUCCUGCAGAUACCGCCAGUGCUCCUUCAACGGGGUCUUCCAGCCACACUUGCAGGGGUCAUUCGGGGCAUUUUCUGCAUAUUAUUUUGUGAUGAAUUUCCUGAAUCUGACCGAUACGUCCAUCCCUCUGCAAGCAGUGAAGGAAAAGCUGCUACAAUACUGUGCUACCUCAUGGGAUCAGAUAGUGCAGCAACAUCCCGGCGUAAAAGAGAAAUAUCUGGCUGAGUACUGCUUUUCUGGCACGUACAUCCUCACCCUGCUGACAGAAGGAUACAACUUUACCUCGGAGAACUACUCCAACAUAAAAUUCAUCAAGAAGAUCAAAGGCAGCGACGCCGGCUGGACGCUGGGCUACAUGCUGAACCUCACUAACAUGAUCCCUGCCGAAGCUCCCGACUCCCCGCUUCUGCCCCACGCCGGGUACGUCUCCGUGGUCACCAUCAUGGCAGUGGUGCUCUUCGUCCUCCUCAUCCUCAGCCUGCGGCCUCUCUGGCCUCGCUGCUCCAAGCAGCCGCAGAUCGUAUAAACACACACUGUCAUCUGUAUGUUGUGUGAGUGGUGACUCAGAGGAGGAAUGUCAGCCAUGGCCUGUGUGUCUGAAUGUGUGUGUGUGUGUGAGUGUGUGUGAGUGUGUAUGUUGACAUGGGAUAUUGUACCUGCUUUUGGAGGUUUUUUGGUCAGCACAUGUUGCAUAAAACACUCCUCGAGGAUUUUUUUUUUCAAAAAGACAGAUGUUUGACCACACCGGGAGGCAGCUCUGCAUCCCUGGUUGAAGGAAAUUUACUGCAAUUCAUUUUGUGUGUGUGUAUGUGUCUGCGUGCGUGGCUGUGUGUGUGCGUGGGGGGCUUUAAGGUGUAAAUUCGGAAGCACGUCUGAAUGUGUGUGUGAACCCCCAUCAGUCUGCAUGUAUGUGUCUUGAAUUAUAAUGUGAAUAUAUAUCUGUAUAAAUA